UCGUGCCUGAGCUUACCUUCUAUUCGCAAUUGAAUCGAGUUUUUACAAAUCUCUUUGCUUUCAACCUCUGACGCGAGAACCAGUCAUCAAGCUUUAAUCUUUUAACUCUUCUUCGAUCCAUUCUACGAUGCUUCCGCUACAGGAAUGCUGGAUCGGCCGUUGUAACGUAGCGCGUGCGGUUACGACUUACAAACCACAUGAAUCUUAUCGUCUUCUUUUUUUUAUCAUCCAAGAUUCAGCGAUAAUCUUCGAAGAUUCGCUUUAAAAUGUUAACAUUUAUCGCGGUAUAAACAAAUAUUCUUUUGCAACAAGUCACGCAAUUACGUUUCGUCUCGAAAAAUAAAUGGCGGAGGAAGAGUCCGAGGAAAAAGAGUACCGUUGGGAGACUGGUUAUGAAAAGACGUGGGAAGCGAUCAAGGAAGAUGACCAUGGCUUGUUGGAAGCUUCCGUCGCAGAUAUUAUUCACAAUGCUAAGAGAAAACGUCAGUUGGAAAGAAAACAAGGUGCCAGGCUAGGAAUGAUGAGGCAUCUCUAUGUUAUCUUAGAUGCUUCCGAAUCCAUGUCCAGUCAAGAUUUGAAGCCAACCCGCUUUCUAUGCUCUCUAAAGCUUUUGGAAGACUUUAUCGAAGAAUUUUUCUAUCAAAAUCCCAUAAGUCAAUUAGGUGUAAUUAUAACUAGAAACAAAAGAGCUGAGAAAGUUAGUGAUUUGGCUGGUAACUCAAAGAAGCAUAUUAAGGAAUUGCAAGUGUUACAACAAACUACAGUAGGCGGCGAACCUUCUUUGCAAAAUUCUUUAGAAUUAGCUACAAAGUUAUUAAAAUUAUUACCGUCUCACGCUAGUAAAGAAAUAUUGGUAAUCAUAGGAGCCUUGACUACAUGUGAUCCUGGAGACAUUAAUGAAACGAUUCGAAAUAUGAAAUUGGAUGGUAUUAGGUGUAGCGUAAUAGGAUUGGCCGCUGAAUUGUACAUCUGUAAACGAAUGGCGAAUCUCACCGGUGGCGAACACAGCGUUGCGCUCGAUGAUAAGCAUUACAAGGAGCAAUUGAAUGCACAUAUAGAUCCUCCGCCUGCUGCAACACGAUUAGAUGCAGCGCUUGUAAAAAUGGGGUUUCCUCAUCAUGCUUUACAUUCUAGUGCACCAGAUACAUCUAUGACAGUGUGUAUGUGCCAUGCACAAAAUUCCGAUGAGCCGGUUAAACUUAUGACUACUGGCUAUCUUUGUCCUCAAUGUCUCAGUAAACAUUGUGAGCUUCCCGUGGAAUGUAGAGCUUGUGGUCUUACUUUGGUAUCUGCUCCACAUUUAGCACGAUCGUAUCAUUAUCUAUUUCCUGUUGAUCCUUUUAAAGAAAUUGCAUCUGAGAGCGAUCAUUCUUUUUGCUUUGGCUGUCAAAAAGCUCUUGCUCAAAAAGAUAAAAAGGUAUAUACAUGCGGAAAGUGUAAUCAAACAUUUUGUUUAGACUGUGAAAUAUUUAUUCACGAGAUAUUGCAUACGUGUCCUGGUUGUGCGAUAAAUCCUGAAACAUACAAAAAGUCUACAGAUAGAUCUUAAAAUAAUCUAUUUAGAGUAAAUUCUGCCAUAAAUCAAAAACUGUUAUAGAGCAACCAAAAUUGUGUUACAUAAUAUAUUAUAAUAAUUAAAUUAAUUUUAUGAUAAUUUUAUUGGUUUUGUAUUAACAUAAUUAACAUUUUACAGUCCACGUAUAUAUUAAUAAUCGUUGCAUUAUCUGACUGAUACAAAUUAUGAUACCGCUAUGAUACGAAUUGAUCCGACUUUUUAUCGUAAACACUUGGCGUUAUAAAAGCACUAUUAUUAUGAAAGUUAAAAUAUUUUGUUUUUAAAUAAGAUUAAUAUUCUUAUAUCGCGACAGUAUUAUGCCGAUAGCGGAUCGUAAAGUGUUAAUUUAGUUGCAAGUUUGCAAACUGCAUUCAUCAUUUGUUUACAGACGGACAAUUCAGCAACCCUACUAUUUGAUAUUAGAAUUUUCAAACAAAUUCUAAGAUAGAAUGUUUUUGAAGCAAAUUUGCGAAUAUUGGAUGAAUCUCUCUCUCUCUCUUUCUCUUUCUGUGCUAUAUUUUUUACUGGCGUAAAGCUAUUACAAUUUCAAUCUUCUUCUUUAUAAUCAUUUCCAAAGAAUUUUGCAUGGAAGAUUCACCGUAGUGAAUUGCUGUUGUAAUACUGACAUUUUCCAUAAAUACAAACAAUAAGAAUAUAA